AUGGCCGGGUGCAGACUGUAUGCAGUGGUGGACUCCAAAGACUUCAGUUCCUUUCUGAGCCAGUGCUUGUUGCUUGACCUGGUGAUUGCCUUUCCAGAGAAACCUUAUAAUUUAUGCAUCUCAGACAUCAGUCACAUUGGCGUCUCUGGAGAGCCCCGGAAGAUGCCUGCCUCCAGUUUUAGGGACCCUGACACAGAACAGGAGCCAGCCACAAUUCUGGCAAACGGGCCGGAGGAAGGAGGUGGACAGUUUGUGUGGAAGCUUGGUGUCCAAGGGGACAUUAGGGCUGAGAACCAGUGGCUCAGGGCCAGCAUGCAGUCGGGAACAUGGCGGGGCGCUACCGGGUCAGGGCCCUGUCUGGGGGCAGCGGGCGGAGAUGGAGACGAUUCGCUCUACCCGAUUGCGGUUUUAAUCGACGAGCUCCGCAAUGAGGACGUGCAGCUCCGUCUCAACAGUAUUAAGAAGUUAUCAACUAUUGCGCUAGCACUCGGAGUAGAAAGGACUCGAACUGAACUGCUGCCUUUCCUUACAGAUACAAUUUAUGAUGAAGAUGAGGUGCUGUUAGCUCUUGCGGAGCAGCUGGGAAAUUUCACUGGUUUGGUGGGAGGCCCUGACUUUGCCCACUGUCUACUGCCUCCUUUGGAAAGCUUGGCCACAGUGGAAGAGACUGUUGUUCGAGACAAAGCUGUGGAGUCCCUGAGGCAGAUCUCCCAGGAGCACACUCCCGUGGCGCUCGAAGCUCAUUUUGUGCCUCUGGUGAAGCGCUUGGCUAGUGGGGACUGGUUCACAUCUCGCACCUCUGCGUGCGGUUUGUUCAGCGUUUGCUAUCCCAGAGCCUCCAAUGCCGUCAAGGCAGAAAUUCGACAGCACUUCCGUUCCCUUUGCUCAGAUGAUACACCAAUGGUGCGACGUGCUGCUGCUUCCAAAUUGGGUGAAUUUGCAAAAGUUUUGGAAUUAGACAGUGUAAAAACUGAAAUUGUUCCAUUGUUCACGAACCUAGCUUCAGAUGAGCAGGACUCCGUACGUCUACUGGCUGUGGAAGCUUGUGUCAGUAUUGCCCAGUUACUGUCUCAGGACGACCUUGAGGCCUUAGUAAUGCCUACACUUCGGCAAGCAGCAGAAGAUAAAUCUUGGCGGGUUCGCUAUAUGGUAGCUGACAAAUUCUCAGAGCUCCAGAAAGCUGUGGGACCUAAAAUUGCACUCAGUGACCUGAUCCCUGCCUUCCAGAGCCUCCUCAGGGACUGUGAAGCCGAAGUCCGAGCAGCCGCUGCCCACAAAGUAAGAGAACUUUGUGAGAACCUGCCCACUGAAGGUAGAGAGACUAUAAUUAUGAAUCAGAUCCUGCCUUAUAUAAAGGAAUUAGUGUCUGAUACCAACCAACAUGUCAAGUCAGCUCUAGCUUCUGUAAUUAUGGGAUUGUCUACAAUCUUGGGCAAAGAGAACACCAUUGAGCAUCUCCUGCCUCUCUUUUUAGCUCAGUUAAAGGAUGAGUGUCCUGAAGUUCGUUUAAAUAUCAUCUCCAAUUUGGAUUGUGUAAAUGAGGUGAUUGGAAUCCGUCAGCUCUCUCAGUCUCUGCUUCCUGCCAUAGUGGAACUGGCUGAGGAUGCCAAGUGGAGGGUCCGCCUGGCCAUCAUCGAGUAUAUGCCGCUGCUGGCUGGCCAGCUGGGUGUGGAGUUUUUUGAUGAAAAGCUGAAUUCUUUGUGUAUGGCCUGGCUUGUGGAUCAUGUGUAUGCCAUCCGGGAAGCUGCCACCAACAACCUCAUGAAGUUAGUCCAGAAGUUUGGUACAGAGUGGGCCCAGAACACCAUUGUCCCUAAAGUGUUAGUGAUGGCAAAUGAUCCUAAUUACUUGCACAGAAUGACCACUUUAUUCUGCAUUAAUGCACUGUCUGAAGCCUGUGGUCAGGAAAUAACCACUAAGCAGAUGUUGCCCAUCGUGUUGAAAAUGGCAGGAGACCAAGUAGCAAAUGUGCGUUUCAAUGUGGCCAAGUCACUGCAGAAAAUCGGACCAAUUCUAGAUACCAAUGCCUUGCAGGGGGAAGUGCGGCCUGUGCUGCAGAAGCUAGGCCAGGACGAAGACAUGGAUGUCAAGUAUUUUGCACAGGAAGCUAUAAGUGUGGUGGCACAAAGGCUGAGGGAGCUAGAUGUUCCUGUGAAGGACAGCGAAGAGCCCAACAUCCCUGGGGUUGACAAGAACCUCUGCCUGAGACCCCAAGUCCCUGGAGAGGACACUGGGAAGGCACAGAGAGACCGAGCGGCUCGGGUGGCUUCCAAGGAGGCAGUAGAGGCAGCCCAGCUUAGGGGUACAAACGCAUCAAAGGAACCAGCAUGUCAGUUGCAUUUAGAUACUAAAGACACACUUGCCCAACUGGUUGCAGAAGUAAUGCAUUUCCCCUAAAGCAGAGAUAACAAAAGACCAUAA